UGUCAAUAGCGGUUAAAGUUAUAGCUUUGACUCACCAACCAUCACUGGUCCGGUCCCAGUGAAUCCAUCCUUCCAUGGCAGCUAAAUCUCGUAAGAAGAAACUCAACAAUGUAUCUAUGUCAUCUUCAGCUUCCACUCGUUUUAGGUACAAGAAAGUUUCUGUCUUUGUUUCCUUGGUCAUGAUUUUCGGUGUUGUUUAUCUGUUGGGCGUUUCAUCGAGCAUUUGGAGUGGUGUUGGUUUUGUUCCUAAACUCUAUGCAAUUCAAGUCUUCAAUGAGUUCCCUCAUGAUCCCAGUGCCUUCACUCAGGGUCUUCUUUAUGCUGGAAAUGGUACACUAUAUGAGUCAACUGGCCUUUAUGGGAAGUCAUCUGUUCGCAGAGUAGCUCUUAAGACUGGGAAGGUUGAGGUUCUUCAGGAGAUGGAUGAUUCUUAUUUCGGGGAAGGUUUAACCCUGCUUGAGCAAAGUCUGUUCCAAGUAACUUGGUUGACAAAAACCGGCUUCAUAUAUGACAGAAAGGAUUUAAGCAAAAUCAGGGAAUUCACUCAUGAGAUGGAAGAUGGUUGGGGACUGGCUACCAAUGGAAAAGUUUUGUUCGGCAGUGAUGGGACUUCAGCAUUAUACCAGCUUGACCCUCAAACACUGAAAGUCAUUGGAAAACAAAUUGUCAGAUAUAAUGGACAUGAAGUACACUAUCUCAAUGAACUAGAGUUCGUGAAUGAUGAAGUUUGGGCUAAUGUUUGGCAGACUGAUUGCAUUGCAAGAAUCUCAAAGAGAGAUGGUUCCGUGCUUGGAUGGAUUCUCCUUCCAAAUUUAAGAAAAGGCUUGAUAGAAGCUGGAUAUCACGGAAUUGAUGUUUUAAAUGGCAUAGCAUGGGAUGCCAAUGACAACCGCCUUUUUGUUACUGGAAAAUUGUGGCCAAAGCUCUACGAAAUCAAGUUGCAACCGAUAAAGAAACAUUUUGAUGCAGGAGUGAUUGAGCAGCUUUGCAUCCCCCCAAUACCAUGACAUGUCACACUGAUACUGAGUUGUAUGUGCUCAAAGAGCAUAGUUUUAAACUUAUGGUAUGAUUCUGGAAAGGAAAAGGAACUUUAGGGCCUAUAUGAAGUUUGGCUGCACACAGGAAAUACACACAAACUGUUUGUUAACACUUCUGCUUCCUGGGAUUGUUUAUGUAAAGUUUUUGAACUGUACAGUAUGAGUUACCUAAGGAGCUACACGCUGGUGCAUAUAACUGUACAAGAAGCUAUUAAUUUUCAAAUGGUAGAAUAGUUGCAGCA